AUGUGCCAACAACGGGUACACAGGAAUGCGUGCCGUGAUCCUGUUUCUAGUGAAGACUCCUAUGGAUUGCAGUUGACACCAGAUGAUCGACUGGACUGGCUGGUACCCUUUGUGAUAGGGCAGCUCAUUAGUGUCUUCCUGCCUCACUGCCAGCACUCCCAGCAGUCUCGUGCCUGUGAGAUGUUCCUGGAGUGCCUUUCCCUGGUGUUCUGCUUUGCAGAGGAGCAUAGCACCACCGUGGCACCACAAGUUCUGGAGGAAUCCACAACACUGCUGUCUUUCUUGUGGGACAUAAGGGCGCACCACAAGGAUCUGUGAGAUGCACUUUCUUA